AUGAGAAGCACAAUCCAUGAGGAAUAUGCAACAGAAAGGUGUAUGAAGAGCGUAGUGCACAUGCAGCUAACGACAUAUGACACCUCAGGAGUAUUUCAGAAGGAGGCGGAGGAGGCGGCUCGGCGGGAGGAGCAGCGGCGGGAGCAGAAGCGGCAGAGGAAAGAGCAGCUGAGGGCCACGGGAGCGCUGCUUCAGGAGCUCGACCAGACGAUGGAGCUCACCAGGGACAGGAUCAUGGAGGAGGAGGAGUGGGAGCGCAUGAUGCGUUGCGACGGCCUGCCUGACCCGACGAGCGUGCCCGAGAUGAACCGAUACCUGAGUUUGUGGCAGGCUGACCCCGCGUCCGCCACGCUCGAGGGCGCCCUCGCCAAGACCGAUCAGGUGAUACACGUAAGUGACUUUGCCCUGACCUUGGAUGACCUUGAAGCUGCGCCUGGCAUGUGUCGCAACGGGAAGGAUAAUAAGUUCCUUGAUAAACAUAAGUUUUAUUUUUUGGGGGUAAUAUCAGAGCUGGAGAAUGUCAUGGAGGAAACGAGGGACGCGACAGAGAAGCAGCUCAGGGACUGGAAGGAGAUCUGGCUCGAGCUGCAGGAGGCGCAGAAGGGGAAGCUGGACCAGGCGACCUACCACCAGCUGCUCGACCUCCGCCCUCACCUCGACCACGAGACGAUGGUAGCAUUUGGUGAUUGCAAAUAUUGUAAUACAUUGCAGGUAUAUUCCUUCUUUACGUCGUCUCCUCUGGUGUCCCUCGCCCUCUGGAGCAACACAACGCGGUCGCCGAAGAAUAAUAAUCAUCAGCUUGCUCUCACGUCUAGCCAGUUUAGAAAGGUGAAGGAACUGGGCUUCACCUUCACCUUGCCAGCGGACUUAUCAGAGGCGGAGUGCGUGGUGCGCGUCAUGAGGACGGAGUACGACCACUACUCCAAGUUCGCGCGGACCUACAACCCGCCGCUCGUCCCCGAGACCUGCGGGGAGCUCAUUGAUGAAGAGGAACCGGAAGAAACACCGAGAGAAGAUCCUCCGGCAGACAAAGAGGAGGUUGUCCAUGCACUUAAGACUGUCAUAAAAGUUAGGGCGGAGUUUAACUAUAGCAAUUAUAUGAGAGUGGUUAAUAAGGUCUCCAUCGCCAUUACAACUGAUAUUAGCGGCAGCAAAGGCGACAAAGACAAAGACAAGGACAGCGACAAGGACAGCAAGGGAGCCCCUCAGACGUCCACGAAAAAGGCGAAGCCGCCACACUACACCGACACCGCCGCUGGAGAACUGAACCUCCGUCGGUAUCGCGUUCAGGGCGGCGUCUACACCGUGGACCUGCUGGAGGUGCCCCCGCAGCCCCGGGUUCUGGCGGACUGUACCAUUACUCAGGUGGAGGAGGUGUGCACCGUGUCCAAGGUGGAGUGGGUGGCGCAGUACAACCCGCCCGCUCCUGCCGAGGCGGGGGGGCAGCGGCGGCGCGACCCGGAGGCCGUGGAGCAGGAGAUGAGGCAGCUGGAGAAGGAGAUGAAGAAGCUGCUGCUGAUCACGAUCAAGUUGCCAGACUCCGCCUUUUGGUUCGAACCUCCUCAGAUGGUGUUGUGGGACGAGAACAAACGUUGUUGGUCGACUGAUUACUUUCACGACGUCAAGUACAACGAAGACCAGUGCGUCAUGCAGGUGCGCACCAUGCGGCUGGGCGUGAUGGGCCUGGCCAUGAACCGCUACGCCAACCUGCCCUUCCAGAGCUGGGAGCUGAAGCCGAAGGGCGCGUCCUCGGUAACGCUCACCCUCAUCGCCGCCGUCGUCGUGGCCGACUUUACCAUCACGGUAAAGGCCUGCCCUUGUGUUCGUGAAGGUCAGGUGUGUCUGGCUAACCUGCAGGACGGCGCCCGAACAGCCCUCUCGCACCUGUACGGAAAGAACAUGAAGCCGGGGGCGCUCAUUAAGACCCUACAGUUCUACGGCAUCAACUUGUUCCCGGACCGAGAUUCCUACUGCUACAUCGACGGGCUCCCGACCAAGCACCGCCCGACGGAGCAGCACCUGUACAGAUGCAUGGCCCUCGUCGCCCCGGCCGUGCACUUCGCCUGGAGCAGGUGGAAUCUCCUGGCGGGGAAGACCAAACUCGUGUUCCAGAUGAAAACGAAGAAGUUGUUGACGGAUGAGAGUCAGCCGCUCGUGCUGGUGACGCCUCAGAGGACCUGCGUGCUCGAGUGCACGGAGAUCUCGCAGUCCUUCUCGAACAAUCCCGAAGAACCGAAUAAGUACUACGCUGACUUGUACCAAAUGGUGCUUGGUGACUUGGGCUCCUCCGUGCGGCAGACGGUGGAGGCCGCGUCGCCCGUCUUCAUCCACACCAUCCACUCCAUGCUGAAGUCGGCGUCGGUCAUCUCCUACUGCUGA